CGCGAAACGUGCUCUCGAGCGCCCCCAAGAAAAGUGGAGUGGUGGAUUAUUUUCAAGUGGCGCGAAUCGAGAUCGCCUCCUCAAACGUAUUGUACCCUGGCGCGUUCUCGCAAUGUAAAUAAAAUCAAAAUACCGUAAUCACGGCGGUGGAUGGGUGUUAUGUUUUACGUUACGACAAUUAUUUGGCUGCUGGCCAUAGGCGGCCGUAUCACUUUAUGCAGCGAGUUUCCUGAACGAGAGUGCUGCGAUAUUACCACUACCGAAGCGACAUCUACAGCUGGUGUGUUACUUACUUCAUCAGCACCACGAACUGGCUCCAACGCAAAGACAACAGUAUCCAUACUAAACUGUAUAACUGCCAGGCAGCUUUGUUUCAACGACAGCUCGUGUUCUUCAAUUUUAGAAAUCAUACCUCGAGUUUGUGGACCGGAAGUUGUCGCUUGCUCAACAAUAACGGUAACAAAAUGCCAAGCGGCACUGCGUACGCUGCAAGCGUUUCCAUUCUUUAAGCCCACCUGUCUUUGUCGAGAACCGCACAUGGAUCCAGAGUGUAACACCUUCAGGGAUUUCUUGUUCGACCAUCCUUGUGUGUUUGUUAAAGAAAAAGAAAAAGAUCCUUAUCCAGUUGACGCCUUGCCCACUUGCACUCAUGCUCAUUUCGUAUGUCAACAAGAAGCCAAAUGCAUUAAACUCUAUGAGGAUUUUAAAACGCAUUGUAAAGUUCGCGAUAAUAAAUGUAGAAUGGAAAACAGGGAUUUAUGUUUCGAUGCUUGGACUGGUCUACGUCGAUCUCCAAUGUUCGGUUGCAUCUGUCCAAAUAAUCACAUGAAAAAACGUUGCGACAGAAUGUUUAGCAUCGUCAACCAUAAUCCGUGUGUCGCUUCGGAAAAUACAUCGAUGACAUCGUGGUCGUAUCCAGACGAAAUCGACAAUGUCGUACUGGUGAAAAAUCCUCUGGUGGACGCCAAUGGACAGGAAGCGCAUGCCAAUUACGAUCAUAUCACGUUAAACAUCUUGAAAAACGACAAAAUUAAAACGCACCAUAAACACCGCCAUUCUUAUCCUGUUGACGAAGAGGAUCUGGCAAACCCGAUCGAGCAUAGUCUGGGCGGUGUUUCAAGUAACACCAUAGACACAGAAGUAAAAAAGUUAGUUUUCGAAAACACCUGUCAGAGCGCUAUGGAUAGUUGCAGCAAUAACUAUCACUGCAGAAUGAUGCUGGCGCCGAUUCUGCAUCACUGUGACGUGACGCGUUGCAACAGAAACAAUUGUAUGGAAGCUCUGAGAGCGUUUUACGCAAAACCGGAUUUUCCUUGGAACAUUGAAAUUGCGUUUUGUUUGUGCAAAAAAACCGAUAACAAAGACGAUUCUUGCUUGGUCGCGCAAGAAAAAUUGCAUCCAGCGUGCGCGCAACGCAUCGAAGAUUCACCGCAACCCACAUGCUUGCAUCUAGCGGAAGAUUGUAAGGAAAAUAAGGCGUGCAGAUCGAAACUGGAGUAUUAUGAGCAAUCCUGUGCCGUCGACAGUGUAACAAAAAAAUGCGCCGGUUCUCCGUCGGAAUGCAGAAAAUCUAUUUUGGCCAUUUUGGGCACCGAUUUAAGAACCACGUGCGCUUGCAAGGGUACUGACAUGAGUCAAUUGUACGAGUGUCUUGGUUGGCAGCGACUCCUUUGGGUUAAUCCAUGUGUCGUUGAGGCGCAGAAACACUAUCACAUGAAGAAAGCGGCCGAACAAAGCAGACUCUCCUCAACACACACUCCAACGCGAACCACCCCUACCUCUACCACUACCAGUACCACUACAACCACCACCCCACGAACCUCUCCGGCCACCGUCCGUCUGAUCACAGUUAAAUCAGUUACAGAAGCAUCGGUUAAGGUAUAUACAGAGUUUCUGCCCCCACCGCAAGCUUUCGUGCCCACUUCAACUCUACCACCCACCACAACAGCUAGUACUACGACUAGUACUACCACUAAAAGAACUACUACGACUGUAAGGACUCGACCAACUAGGACUACUACAACUUUGCCACCAAGAUCAUGCAUUGUCCAGAGGCCACAAUUUUCUGAUCAAUUUAUAAGGGAGGGAAGCUUUAAGAGGAUUUACCACGACGAUGAAUUUGAAUGUUCCGACGUAUGCGAAUGCGAACUUGGCGAAAAACUGUCGUGUCGCACCAUUUGUAUCGACCGGAUGCCUUGCAAAACCGAAUUCGCUUUUUACAAUCACGCAGCUCCAGCUUAUCAAGCUUUCAGAGGCCGAUGUCUUUGCUAUUCGGGCCGAUUUAUUUGUAUGAAACCUUCGCCUACGGACUACACUUUGCCACACGGCGUGUUCCUCUUCUUGGGCUACAGUGAAGUGGAUGAAAGAGAAUUGAAUAAAAAUCAUACCACGCAUUUGGUGGUCAUACAGGAUGUUGUAAGGGUGUUGCAGACGUUUAUUAGAGAGGAGGCUGAGAAGAAAAAUGGAUCCUUAUGCACAUUGGAAUUUUUCAAUUCGACGAGAGAAAAUGUUAUUUUGGUAGGAAAACUGUCAGAUGAAUUUGAUGAUAGUAAAUUGACUCCCAUGGAAAUAUUGGAAAAAGAAAAGGAUGAAUGUUCCGAGUUCCUAGAAACAAUCACCGACCGCAUCAAUAACCGACACACAGAAUUUUUAUCGCACGUCCUCUUAUCCGUCUUCAAAAUGGCCGAAAUCGAAAUCGUACCAGUGGAAACGUCCCGCGCCGCGCCCAGUACCACCACAUCGAAUACCGUUUUCAUUUUCCUUUUAAUCCUAUCCAUUUUCACUAUUAAAAACUAUCUGACAACGUCGUGACAAUGAGACUGAAACAAUACAUAUCACUUUAUGUAGCUUAGUAGGGUGUCUUUGAAACACUUUUGCUAUAAUUAUUAUAAAUUGAAAAAUGUAUGUUUUUUUUCUUUGCAGUAAAUAGUUGGUUCCAGAGUCGAUUUGUAUAAAAGAAAAUUAUAAGCGCACCCUAGUGUAUAUUGAUCAUAGCAAAAUUACGCACUGUUGCCAAAUAUUUUGCAUUUUUGGCAACUAUGUAAAUAGAAUAACAGAAACGCUUAAGUCGUUUUGACAUUUGCCUACUUUUUCUGGCUGUCAGUUAUUGCGGUGACAAUGACAGUUUUCUUCAAAGCGCCUUUGUCAAAGGCUGUCUAUGAAAAAGAAACGAAAAGCCAUUUACCCAUGGAUUAGGGAUUGGUUGUCGAAUGUAGGUACACCACCUUUUUUUUUACUUCAAAAUUUGAAAAACAUAGUGACAAUCUUCUGGAUGGGAAAACAUAAAAAAAAUGUGUUUUUCAUGUGACGUGGCAACAUUAAUCAAAAUACUCAAUUUGAACACUUUCAAUAGGAACCACUUUUUCAGGCAGACUCCAGUGAAGUAGGUUUAUCUUUAACAGUUUUCGAGAAUAUAAUUUAAAUCGGUAAAAACCGUUCAUACAAACCAAUGUCUCUUUCCAACACACAGUUUCUUAUGACAAAAACGGAUAUAAUUUGGUUUCUCUAAAACUUUUGAAGAUACACCUAUCAAACUUUAUAUCAUUGAACUCAGCACAAAUAGAACUAUCUAAUUAUUACAUCAUGUGUCCUAUUGAAAAAACAGAUAGACUUUGGUCGAUUUCAAUCGGAGAGAAUUAGGAAAAAAAAAACAGAAUACGUCACUGGAAUCUUGUUGAAAAUGUGCCUCUUGAAAAUUUUUACAGAAAUAAAUUACUAUCGUAAACAAAAAAGUUAUGAAGCUUUCACAAUAUUAUUCAUCAUAAUCGAGAAAUGCUUGUUACCAGGAAAAAAUAUCAAAAUACAGUUUGCGCCAUUGUCCAUUGGAGUUAACUCAACGAAACUAAACUCUAGUUCCUUUGACUAUGACGUGUCCAUUGUUAAUUGCCAACAACAAAUUAGACACGGUUGCCAAAUAAUUUGUUUUUAAAAAAUUAUCCAUUUGUGGCAACUGCAUAAAUACAAAUACAUUCGCAUAUUUUGAACAACGCUUUGGAUGUCGCAAGCAUUUUUCAAACCCAACCAGUAGAAAAUGAGUUCUAAUAAGAAUGCGCCAUUUUAAAAGGAAAGUUUCGAUGCAAACGGGGCUUGGGGCUUUUAACGAGGCAUGGUUGUGUCAUACCAAAAAAUUUUUCUAGAUAAAAAUAUGGUUUUGAAAUAAAUUUAGUGACAAUAUUGCAACCGUGUACAAACAAUAAAAUCAACCAGAUAAAGUAGGCGGGUCUAUGACGUGUUCACGUUUGAUUGGCAGCACGUGUGGGUGCAUCUUUCCAGUGGCGUAUGUGACUUUUGAACAAACUUUUACCUCGAAAAAAAAAAACAAUUAAAAUGAAAACACUUUGUACAUAAAAAAAAUAAUUGUUGACUAUUAAAAAUUAUUGUUACUGUUAUUAGACUACAUUAGUCACUGACUGUCGUCGUUUCAAAGGCAUUGCUCAGAUCUUUAGAUAAAUUUAUAUAUUAUAAGGAACCUAAAAUGUUCUUUAUUUUAUAAUUGCUUUUCACGUAAAAGGAACAUUUAAAAAAAAAACGUAGUUAAUACAUUACAUAUCUGGAAAUGUCUUCCUUAUUAAAUGUGAGUUGUUGACCGUCCCUGGGACUAUGUAAUGUAACAAAUAGAAAUAUUUUCUCAAUCUCUAUUGAUGUCCCUUCUCUAUUGAUUUCGAAAAGAGAGAAAAAGGCAGCAAAUGCCAUAGCGAUAGAGAUAACGAUCUCUAUCCAUUACAUAGUCCCAGUGCGUAUCUCUUAUUGAUAAUUUACAGGUUAGAAUGGAUAUUUGUUUACUGUAAAGAUGCAAAUUUGAUUUUGUAAUACAGAUGCACCAAAACCUUUUUUAGACAAAUUUCACUACAUAUUAACUUUGUAUCUUUAUAAUAAAUAACAAGCAAUAAAAUUGUAUACUAUAUUAACGGUUGCUCAGGCUCAGGCUCAGGAGACAAUUUUCUCUAUUCUAAAAUUAUUUUCAAUUAUUUAAACCAAGACAAAAUAUAGGCAGCCAAUCUUUUGGCACAUGACUCCUUAUUUCUUAUUUAUUCUAACCUGUAUGAUAACUAUUAGAUCUAAAUCUACCCCUUAGCUUUAAAAAAAUUGUCAAGGCUUAUUUGUAACAAAUACAUAUCAUAAAAUAGCUUUAAUAAGUACGAAAAAACCACACACUGUGUAUAGUAAAAGAGUCUACACAUGAUACUGCAUUGGUUGUAGGUAAUUAUUAUUAAUGUAAUUGUAAAAGAAUUAAAUUAUUUUUUUGCUACUCGAACUUUACACUUUUAGAUAAUGGGAUUAGAUAGAGAUUGUUUAGGAACUAGCAAAAUGAACGAUUUUUUUGUUGAUAAUAAAGCUUAUUGAUUUUUUAAUGAAUA